AGUUGAAGAAACAGCACAGCGCAAGAUCAGUCUGACAAAGAAGCAAGAUGGCCCCCGCCCGGCUGUCCUUCGUUCCCAUCUCCCUCCUUCUGCUAGCCAGCCUCGCCGCCGCCACCGCAGCUGCAGCAGCUGCGGAUCCAGAGGAAGGGGACCUCAGGAUCAGCGUGCAGUACGCAACCGAGGAGGAGUCGCGAUGGCUGAACCGCUGGGCGGAGAAGUACAAGGCUCAAGGGUCCGGCGAAGGCUUCAAGAUCCGGCCGGCCACCGGCGAGGAGUCGGCGCGUAUGGACAGCAUGUUCACCGGCGUCGGCUACGACAGCCACAUUGAGUUUGACGACGACCACCCCUUUGGCAGAAUGGUCGUGGAUGCCUUCCACUCUCGACCUCGCCCGUCCAAGCCGAACGAAAACGAUGAUCUGCAGAAGAAGAACAUGGAGGAGUCUAACUCUCGCGCCGAGCAUGACGUCAAGGAUCUUUAGGAGAUUCGUCGGUACCUAAUCGGCGAGGUCAUUGAACGGAAUAAAUAAGGGAGGACGGCAGCGAGGAGUUCGUGUCGUCUAUCAUUAGACUGUCUUAUUUAGUAGCUCGGCUCAAGAGAGAUUAGUCAAGUUCAAGCAGUAAUUCUGGCUUAUGCUGCAGUGUGGUGGUCUCCAUUUGCAAUAGUAUCUCUGUUUCUUGCCCACCUAAUAUAAGUGAUAUGCAAAUCACCUGUUCCUUCUACA